GCCACAAAUUUGUUGUGCACCCGCACAUGUAGGUAGAUAAUCUAAUAACGCCAGAAAACUGGUUGGAUUUUGGAAAACUCGUGCAUAUUUCAAUUAAUAUUUAUUGACACUGAAUGGUUUUAAUACAUUAACAUUUUCUGCCAAUUUUCCGUUUCACCUACAAAGACAAUAUGGUCAGAUACUUUUUUAGGUUUUCUUACCUCGGUACGCAAUACAGGGGACUGCAAAAAAAUGUACUCCGAACUGACCGUAAUCUACAAGACCCAGAUACUAUUCAAGGAGCUUUAGAAUGUGCUUUUGCAUCAUUACUUCCAAAGUAUACAAUUUGGCCCAAAAUAAGUCUUUCUAGCAGGACAGAUGCUGGUGUACAUGCGUUGUGUAGUGCAGCUCAUGUUGACUUGGAAAACAAGAACAAUGUUACGUAUACUUCUGAUGAUGUACUCAGAUUUGUAAAUCGUUACUUGGUUAACUGUGAUCAUGAUAUUAGACUUUUGGACUUUACUCCUGUGACAAGCAACUUUCAUGCUAGACGUUUUGCAAAAUCUAGAACUUAUAUUUAUAGACUUGUGGUAGCCAAGGAUUAUAAUGAACACAGAAUACCUAUAACAGAGAAGCUGUAUUCCUCUACCAUUCGAUCAGAAAAUUUUGAUAUAGAAAGAUUAAAACAUGGAAUGCAACUUUUCUUUGGAAAAAAAGAUUUCCAAACAUUCAGUGCACGAAAACAUACUGACGAACCAAUCAAUUAUGUACGGGUCAUAGACAAAUUAAUCCUAAAGAAAGGUCGACCAUUUAUGCCACUGGACCCUUUCUCACAAAAUUUUAAGUAUUGGAAUAUUAUAUUUAGAUCAAAAGGAUUCUUAUAUCGCCAGGUUAGACGAAUAGUAGGUUCUUUAAUUAGCUUAGGUCUAGGAGUGAUAACAGAAAAAGACAUAGUUACUAUGUUACAAGUACCUGGCCAUCACAAUUGGCCUUCUCAUUUAAUGUCAGCUCCACCAUGUGGUCUAUUCCUUGCUAAUGUGGAGUACUGUCAAGAAGAUAUAGAAACACAUACCAUAAAAGUUGAGGAAAAGUCUGUCGAUAGUAAAAUAGUAGUGUCAGCUAUAUAA